AUGAAAUUUGGACAAGACAGGUGCUUACGGGGCAUCUCCGUGGGGACGUAUUACAAUCAACUCAUCGUUAACGCGUCUAAAACGGAACUCAAUGCAUUUCCUCCAGAAUCUCCCACCAGUAACUUGGUGAAGCUGGCAACUGUUUUGCAGAGUCCCUUUCCCUGUGCAGUUCCAGAAAAGCCGACCAAGGCGCACAACUUUCAAAUGAAAAACCGGAAUGUGCGCACCACCCUCAUUGUCAUCAACAAUGAAAAGGACAGUUCUCAACCGGUGGAGGAAGUUGUCUCCGUUCGGAGAGUGUGGAAUAGAGUGGAAGAACAAAUGACUGGGAGGCUCUGCCUCGUUGGGGAGAGCGGGGGUCGGCCGGGGGCGAGGGGGGGGGGCCGAGACGGAGGAGGCCAGCAGGUGCCUGCGCUCCAACCCCCUACCCCCACCCUCACCCCCUCCCUCAUCCUCACCCCGAGCUUGGCCUCGCCCCCUGGCGGGCGAGCGCUCGGUGCCGAGCAGCGGGGGUGGGGGGCGCAAACCCCGCGGGCAGCGGGAAAGAGGCCGAGGGGGGCCGCCGGGGCCCGACAGGCACGGAGAGGUCGGCACCCGUCGGCACGCACCCUCAGCCCGCAGCCCCAGGAGCAUGUCCGCGGCCGGCGCGCGGAGCGGAGCCCCGGGGAGGAGGACCGGGGGAGGGCGUGUGCAGCGGCGGCGGCGGCGGCAGCGGAGCCGCUAGCGGCGGGCACGGCCGAAGGACCGGGAGGCGGCGGCUCGGCCCGUAUCGCCGUGAAGAAGGCGCAACUGCGCUCGGCCCCGCGGGCCAAGAAACUGGAGAAACUCGGAGUGUACUCCGCCUGCAAGGCGGAGGAGUCUUGUAAAUGUAAUGGCUGGAAAAACCCCAACCCUUCUCCUACUCCCCCAAGAGCUGAUCUGCAGCAAAUAAUUGUCAGUCUAACAGAAUCCUGCCGGAGUUGUAGCCAUGCCCUAGCUGCCCACGUUUCCCACCUGGAAAACGUGUCAGAGGAAGAGAUGAACAGACUCCUGGGAAUAGUGUUGGAUGUGGAAUAUCUCUUUACCUGCGUCCACAGGGAAGAAGAUGCAGACACCAAACAAGUUUAUUUCUAUCUAUUUAAGCUCUUGAGAAAGUCUAUUUUACAAAGAGGAAAACCUGUGGUUGAAGGCUCUUUGGAGAAGAAACCCCCAUUUGAAAAACCUAGUAUUGAACAGGGUGUGAAUAACUUUGUGCAGUACAAGUUUAGUCACCUGCCAGCCAAAGAAAGGCAAACGAUAGUUGAGUUGGCAAAAAUGUUCCUAAACCGCAUCAACUAUUGGCAUCUGGAGGCACCGUCUCAACGAAGACUGAGAUCUCCCAAUGAUGAUAUUUCUGGAUACAAAGAGAACUACACAAGGUGGCUGUGUUACUGCAACGUGCCCCAGUUCUGUGACAGUCUACCUCGGUAUGAAACCACCCAGGUGUUUGGGAGAACACUGCUGCGCUCAGUCUUCACAGUUAUGAGACGACAACUCCUGGAGCAGGCGAGGCAGGAAAAAGACAAACUGCCACUUGAGAAACGGACUCUAAUCCUCACCCACUUCCCAAAGUUUCUAUCCAUGUUAGAAGAAGAAGUUUAUAGUCAAAACUCUCCUAUCUGGGAUCAGGAUUUUCUCUCAGCCUCUUCUAGAACCAGCCAGCUAGGAAUCCAAACAGUUAUCAGUCCACCUCCUGUAGCUGGGACCAUUUCAUAUAAUUCAAACUCAUCUUCCCUUGAGCAACCUAAUGGAGGGAGCACCAGUCCUUCCUGCAAAGGCUCUUCUGGGCUUGAGGCAAACCCAGGAGAAAAGAGGAAAAUGAAUGACUCUCAUGCCUUGGAGGAGGCCAAGAAACCCCGGGUUAUGGGGGAUAUUCCAAUGGAAUUAAUUGACGAGGUUAUGUCUACCAUCACGGACCCUGCAGCAAUGCUUGGACCAGAGACCAAUUUACUGUCAGCACAUUCAGCCAGGGAUGAGGCAGCGAGGCUGGAGGAGCGCAGGGGUGUGAUUGAAUUUCACGUGGUCGGCAAUUCCCUGAACCAGAAACCCAACAAGAAGAUUCUGAUGUGGCUAGUCGGUCUCCAGAAUGUGUUCUCCCACCAGCUGCCCCGGAUGCCCAAAGAGUAUAUCACACGGCUUGUCUUUGACCCGAAACACAAAACCCUUGCCCUAAUUAAAGAUGGCCGUGUCAUCGGUGGUAUCUGUUUCCGUAUGUUCCCAUCCCAAGGAUUCACAGAGAUUGUUUUCUGUGCUGUAACCUCAAAUGAGCAAGUCAAGGGCUAUGGAACACACCUGAUGAAUCACUUGAAAGAAUAUCAUAUAAAGCAUGACAUCCUGAACUUUCUCACAUAUGCAGAUGAAUAUGCAAUUGGUUAUUUCAAGAAACAGGGUUUCUCCAAAGAAAUUAAAAUACCUAAAACCAAAUAUGUUGGCUACAUCAAGGAUUAUGAAGGGGCCACUUUAAUGGGAUGUGAGCUAAAUCCACGGAUCCCAUACACAGAAUUUUCUGUCAUCAUUAAGAAGCAGAAGGAGAUCAUUAAAAAGCUGAUAGAAAGAAAACAAGCCCAGAUUCGAAAAGUAUACCCUGGACUUUCGUGUUUUAAAGAUGGAGUUCGACAGAUUCCAAUAGAAAGCAUUCCUGGAAUUAGAGAGACAGGCUGGAAGCCGAGUGGAAGAGAGAAAAGUAAAGAGCCCAAAGACCCUGACCAGCUUUACAGCACGCUCAAGAGCAUCCUCCAGCAGGUGAAGAGCCAUCAAAGCGCUUGGCCCUUCAUGGAACCUGUGAAGAGAACAGAAGCUCCGGGAUAUUAUGAAGUUAUAAGGUUCCCCAUGGAUCUGAAAACCAUGAGCGAACGCCUCAAGAAUAGGUACUACGUGUCUAAGAAAUUAUUCAUGGCAGAUUUACAGCGAGUCUUUACCAAUUGCAAAGAAUACAACCCCCCUGAAAGCGAAUACUACAAAUGUGCCAAUAUCCUGGAGAAAUUCUUCUUCAGUAAAAUUAAGGAAGCUGGAUUAAUUGACAAGUGAUUUCUCCCCCCUCUGCUUCUUAGAAACUCAUCAAACAGUGUGCCUAAAGCAAGGUGGUUUAGUUUUAUAAAGAAUUGGACAUAAUGUAUUGAAGAUACUUGUAACUGUAUUAAUUAGCACUUUUGAAAAACAAAAAAACCUCCUCUUAGCUUUUCAGAUAUGUAUUUAAAUUGAAGUCAUAGAACAUUUUUAUUUUAUGGAAUAGAUUUUAAUCUAUUUACUACUAUUAAAUGUAAAUUUUCUAUGGCAUGUCCAUUAGCUGAAUAUUCAGUAAUAGAUGAUCAGGGGUUUCCUCAAAACCUGUGUAUGAGGAAAUUGCACAUAGUACCAAGAUUUGGGGGAAUGCAGAAACUUUUCAGACCAUGAAUGUUUCCAUUUUUUCUAAUGGAAUGUGAGAGUUUAUUUUUAUUUUAUCCUGAAGGACUUUAAGGAAGGGAUACAUGAUAAAAAGCCCGUAAAAGGUGAAAUAUGUGAUGUUUGAAGUCUCAUUGUAGACUUUUUAUAUAUAUUUUUUAAAAACACUCAUCUAGAUGAGGUGCUUUGAGCAGUUCUGAAAAAAAUGCAGUUCCAGAAAAGCAACUGCUUUGAUUCCUAAGGAAGAAAUUCUAAAUACUGCAAAGUUUUUUAUAAGCAUCUGGGUUUUUGAUAAUUCUGUCUACCUACAAUACACUUGUGAGCGCAUAACCACUAUUUUAAUAAUUAUUUUCUCUACACAAAUGUGUACUAUUAUAUUUGACUUUGCUUAUGCAGGCCAUAAGUUCCAAAAGGCAAUCUCCUGUUGCACAAAGGCAUACAUUUGAGAACACUUGAGAUCGAAUCAAUGUGCUUUAAUAAGAAAAGAUGCAUAAUCUACGUAUGUAUCAAAUUUGGUGGAUCCUUGUUCUAACUAAUAAGGAUUGUUUUCGUUUUCCAUGAGACACACAACCCCACUGAUAAUGUACGAUAUGAACAUUUUUCCUGUUGCAUCUCUGCAUUCUGUUCAUUGUCUGAGGUGAAAUCAAUUACCAAGAUUUGCUGUCAGUAUUUUAUCACCUACAUUGGAAUACAGACCCAGGGUGAUAUCCCACUAAAAUCCAUCGUUCAGACGGAUUAACCUGUCUCGGGACUCCAGCUUAGCGCUUGGGUUUAUUUUCUGAUUAACACUACAUAGAGAAGUGGGACGUCUGCCAUCCCAACUCUGGGAGAACCAACUAAUAUCGAAACAAAUGAAGGCCAUUUUGAUGGUCUUUGACACUAAUUUUUAUGAUACAAAUUUAUAAACUGAUUUUUGUAAAGGACUAAGUUUUAAAAGUGUAUUUAACUUGAUGGGGUUUUUUAUCAGCAUAAGUGAAUUAAAGUGAUCAUUUAAUCAUUGUUAAAAACAGUUGCCAGAGAUAAUCUGCAUGACGGAAAAAACCCUGCAAAUGGCUGUUAAGCGGGAAGUAUUGUUUUUAAUAGGUAAGGGAUAUUCAGAAUGCUCACACUGAAAAAUGCCUCAACUUUUUUAAGUCUAAGAAACUGCCUCGAGUGGCAUCUAGAUUUCUAAUGAAGAAUGAUGAUACACUUUGGAUUAAGUAUCUUGGACUGGUUUUAAACAGUGCUUUGUACUGAAUCUGCCGAAGCAUCUGUCCAGCUUGGUAUCCUGUGAAAGUUUGUUAUUUUCUGGGUAGACAUUCUUAUAGAGUAUUGUCUUUAAAAUCAGAUUGUCUCUUCUAUAUUGAAAGCAUUUUUAUGUUUUCUAAUUUAAAAAUUAAUAUUUUCUUAUAGAUAUUGUGCAAUAAAGCUGAAGUAGGAUGUGUGGUUUUUGCAAAUGCUUUAACAGCGGAUAAAAUUUUACAUUUGUAAAAUUAAUAUAUUGUACUGGUACAACAUAGUUUUAAAUUAUAUUUUAAAAAGCUCUCAAUGUGGUGUUGCGUUUUCUUCUUCUAGCCCAUUAAAUUCAAUAGGGCGAUGGUUGAUGACCAUCGACGAGAUCCGUAAUUCUGCCUUUUAGGCAUUUCGUUGAAGAUGUUUAGAAUUGUUGCAUUCGUUGUAAGUUUCAUAAAAAUUCACAAACCACCAUUGAGAUAAUUCCAUGAGGAGAGACACUUGUCUGGGUCUGUGUCUUUUGAGUGGUCCACUGCAUUUUGCCCGCUGUCACUCAUUAAACAAAGGGGGAAAAAAAAACAGUGAGAGAGGAGUGUUAUUGGUUUAGAAGUUAAGCCCCCCCCCCCCCCCCCCCGCCCCCAGUUUUUCUGCUUUCCAUCUGCAAAAAGAUGAAUGAAGAUGCGGGUAAAAAUAUAGCUGGUUCUUAGACAUCUCCUAAUGAGCUUCUAAUUUCACUCAAAAUGCUGACUGCAGGAAAGAAUCCUAUAUCCUGUUGGGGUAUGAGAAGUACUGUACCUUUUCUUACUGAAUCCUGAACCAACUGAGAAGUCAAAGGAAUAAGGCACAUGAUGGCCAAAAUACCUUCAUUAAUAAUAAAAUGGAUAUUGAAGAAUGUGGCUUAUAUAUCUAUGGAAAAUGGGCUAAUACUGAACCCCAGAAUGUGACUGACUCGCCAGCGGCUCUGCAGACACUGCCAGCUUCCCCUCCAAGGGCAGAGCCUGUACUGUCGAGUUUAGUGCAUGGCCAAGAGCAGUGGUGCUCUCUGAAGGCAGGCCAACUCCGAAGAGGCACAGGGGACGGAACAGCCAAACCGUGCAGUCCAGGGCCUUGCUGUAACUCAUCGAUUAGGUAAGUCCCUCCCAGGGGAGGAAUGAAUGAGGGGCACAGGGAGGCCAGGGGGUGAUGUCUGUCCUUCCACAGGGAUGCAAACAUCGGGAUUGGACGAUAAGUCUCCUUCCCACUCCACCCCAUGUCUCUGUAUCAAAAAUUGCUCUGAAGUUGUAUUCAACACAUUUAAUAACUGGUUGUAUUCAUUAGAAUAGUGAAAAGAAGACCGAGGUUUUCAUAUUACUUAGAAGUAAAAUUUAAAAUUGUGAAACCUAAGAAGUAGAAACAAGAUCAGACUGAGGUACUAUGGGCAGGUUAAUAAUGUGUCACGUCUUUUAGCUGACGUCCUUUAGACCAAUGUUGAAGAGAUUCUAAGAGCUGUACAAGGAAGGGUUAUUGGUGGCAGCCUAUGGCCUUUUCCGUAUUGUUCUGAGCUGGUCUGCUUGGGCCCUCCGGAACUAGCAUUCUCCCCUUAGCACAGUAGAACCGAUAGUUUGGAGGCAGAGCGUCAACAAAGUACACAGAAGAUGCUGAAAGAGGGGGUGAGAGAACACCCUUAAGUGCCAUGAAAAGUUCUCUACUGUAAUUUAUGUAUACUUAUGCCUUGGCUUUUUUAUGGUAGUGUCUACUUUUUUGUGGAAAAAAACUAACAGAGACAAAGCCGUAGAUUUUCUCUGGGUUUAUUAAAAAGCGACGCAGAGAAAGGCAAGGAAAACAAAAGUCAGUCUUCCUGCUCCCUCUUGUUAUUGGGAAGUCCAACACAACCUUGGCAGAAUUAGUUUAAAAAGAUGAGAAACAACACAUCUAAUUUGUGUAUGUGUGUAAUUUUCUGAGCUGAACCGAAGGUUGUCAGUUUUAAUUUAUCUAGGUUUGAAGUUCUUCAAGAACAAUCCCUCACGGGGGCACCUGGGUCACUCAGUCAGUUAAGAGUCUGACUUGGGCUCCUGUCAUGAUCUCGUGGUUCCUGAGUUCAAGCCCUGCGUCGGACUUUGCACUGGUCCUGUGAAGGCUGCUUGGAAUUCUCUUUGCCCCUUUCCCAGUUAGGCUCUCUCUCUCUCUCUCAAAAGAAAUAAACUUUGAAGGAAAAAAAAAAAAACAAUCCCUUGGAGAAUUUGCUAGAAGGUAAGGACCUCCUUGCACAUGUUCAUGCAUAUGCGCUUUCUGCAAUACCACUUCAUUUGGUUAUUGGGCCCUUUCUAAAAUUCACUGGUCUCUGUUCUUUUUGCUCUCUGUUAACCACCCAUUUUCUGCAGUUAAGAGAGAUGGGUACGCUAUUUAUGCUUAAUAAUAUCUAAGAACAAAAAAUCUGCCUUUUUGUCCAAUAGGGCAGUCCAACAAGAGAAUAGGAAAAGGGUUAUAAGAGAGUGCUUAAGUUUGCUUAAUGUUGGUUGUUUUAAAAAUUGAAUAGAAUACACAUUUCAUACAGAUUUUAUGAUCAAGCUCUUAUGAAAAUCUUUUCUCCCCAUACAGUGCUAUUGAUUCAGUGUGCCAGCACUGCUUCUACUCAGCACAUUCACACCUAUAUAGUUGUAUGUUGUUUUGUGGAAAACUCAACAUUCCCUUCUAUAUUUAACAUUAAAAAAAAAAUUAAAGUGGGGCAUCUGGGUGGCUCAGUCAGUUAAGCGUCCAACUCUUUUUUUUCUUUUACUUGUUUUAAAUUUAUUUAUUUUAAAUUUAUUUUUGAAAGACAGAGGGCAAGUCAGGGAGGGGCAGAGAGAGAGGGACACACAGAAUCUGAAGCAGGCUCCAGGCCCUGAGCCGUCAUCAUAGAGCCUGAUAUGGGGCUAGAACUCAUGAACUGUGAGAUAGUGACAUUGAACCCUGCGUCCGGCUCUGCCCUGUCAGCACAGAGCCUGCUUGGGAUUCGCUCCCCCUAUCUCUGUCCCUCUCUCACUCAUGCUCUCCUUCUCAAAUAAACUUUAAAAAAUAAAGUAUAAUUAGCAAUAUACAUGCAGUACAACACAAUACCAUACAAAAUGCGCAUAAUACAAUAAAAUACACAGAUCUUCAGCAUAAGCGAAAAAGUAACAGUAAACGUGGGAAGACUUCUGAAAUCAUUUUAUGAGGCCAGUAUUGUUACCCUUGACACCAAAGGAUAAAAUUUACAAGAAAACUAUAGAUCAACAACCCUCAUAAACACAAAUUCAAAGAUCUUUAACAAAAUAUUAGCAAAUGGAAUUCAAUAUAUAAAAAAUAUCAGAGAUCCUGACCAAGUGGGGCACAUCUGAUUAAGUCAAGGCUCAUUUAACACUGAAAAUCCACUAAUGUAAUUAACUAUAUGAAUAGCAUAAAAAAAAAAACAUGUUCAUCUCAUUAGAUGCAGAUAAAGCAUUUGACAAAGUUCAACACCCAUUCCUUUAAAAAAAAAAAAAACUAGCAAAGAAUAAAAGGAAACUUCCUCAAUAGGGUAAAAGUAAUCAAUAAAAACUUAUAGCCAA